AUGCAUCGGCUCCGGGCUCUUCUGGUCUCCGGGUGCGGCGUUUCCCAGAGCGCCGGCGGCUCACUCGUGGGAUCGUCUGUUCUUCGGCGCACCUGGCCUACGCAUCAUGCUAUUUCGCCGACGGAGUCUACCGGGUUUCGUCGCCCACUCAGCGAGGUUCUCAGGAUGCCAACAAGGAGUCUGAUCGUCGAAACGCUCGCUCAACAGCCGGUGAGGUUGGAGAGGCUCUCCGGCCCCGAUAACGGUAAUGCUACACCCUCUUUGUUCUCUCGGUGGAGCUUGCCUCUUCGGGGUAAUGCCGAAUGUUCUGUUGGAUUUGGUUGCAGGUAUUGUUGCGCUGAAGUUGGAUAGGCCGGAAGCGAAGAACGCCAUCAGUAAAGAUAUGCUGAAGGGAAUUCAGAGUACCCUGCAUUCGCUGAGGGGGGACAUGUCGGCUACUGUCAUGAUGGUUUGCAGCUGUGUUUCCAGAGUCUUCUGCGCCGGUGCUGACCUCAAGGUUAAGACCGGACUUUUCCUUUUCUCAUCAUUCUACGAGUUCGCGGUCAUUUUGAAAGAAACAAUAAAUGGGGAAUGCUUUUCAUAUGGCUGGAGUAGGUGAGCCAUGAUUGAGUGUUGAAAGAGACGCCCGCAUCAAAAUUUUAAGUAGACAUUAUAUGUAGGACACUUGUGGCCUUCUGAAGAUACGAUUUGAUAUUUUACAGCUUUGUCUUGAGGUGACUCGUUCUUUCCAAACUGAAACGUAAGAACCGUACAAAGAUGGAAGAUAGAAAUAUUUCGGUAGUUCAUUUCUUAAGCUUGAAGUCAUUCUGUUCGAUGGGCUUGACACUGGCUCUUUCUUUCAUAUUACUCAGAUAAACAAAUUUAAACUCUUCGUAGGAUGUUAACAGCUUAGAGUAGGAGGCAUACACCCGUGCCAUGACCGGUUCUGAUUUAUACUAAAUUUGCUUCCAAGUCUGUCUAACAUCUGCCCCAAUUUUAUGAAAUAUUGGAGGAAGAGGUUGAUACCAAUUUUCUCCACAUCUGUAUUUCUUUUCCAUCUUAGGCUUUAUAAGAAGCAAAAUUUAUGGCAUUUUUUCACAGUACACAUCUUUUUUUAAUGAACUACUAGAAAUAAAACCCAGCACCCAAUGCCCUUUAUUUUAAUGAGCAACUGUAAAUCAGAUCAAGUGAAUGAAAAUCAUCGCUCUUUUGCUAGUUCUCACGGCAAGUAUUUAUGAAGGGCUUCAGGUUUCUGGCAGUGGUGAGACUUGAGUCCCAUGAUGUCAGCUUGCAUGUAUAAGGGAACUAUUUAAAUAUUUUCUCUGGUCAGCUUCAUGCAACAAGAAUAACCCUCAGAGUGUUGCAACAUUCUAGGGACUUUCAAUCUGGAAAGGAAAUUGGUGUAUUGCGGUCUUAUCUACAAAAUGUAUUUCCCUCGUAUGUUUACUUUUGAAUAGUAGAAAUCAUUCUUCAGAUUUCUUUGAUGAUGGUUUCGCUCGUAAAAGUUAUCUAGUUAUAUGUUGUCCAUUGAUAGCAGCCACUGCCAAAGAAAUCAGUCACAAAACUUGCGAAUUUAUCUAUCUAUUUAUUCAUCUUAAGGAUUUUCUCUAUUGCCUUUCAUAGGUGAGACUGUUAUGUAAACAUCCUGGCAGAUCUUUUUAGGCAAUUUUUUCUAGCCAUCAUUCUGCCAUUCUAGAGAGUUGGUUCUGUCAUCCGAAGUUUUCUUGUGUGAAUCAAUUGGAAUCCAUUGUAAGAGAUAUAAUGGUGGUUUUAACAGCAAAUCUUGAAUUUAAUUUAAGGUGGAUGUUACUCUCUUGUCUAGGUGUUCCUUUUAGUGGAAUACAUCAGUCACGAACUCGGAAUGUGAUUUGAUUAAAGGUAAUAUGUAUUUAUCCUCGUGAGAUCUUUCUUUCUGUCUUUAUUUGUAUCCCUUAGGUCCAUGUUGGCCCAUCUUUUUAUUGUUUGUAAUUUUAUAUCGGACAAGUUGAACCCUGACUCAGCUCAUUAAUAUCUAUGCCAUAUAAGUGAUUUGGAGAAAAGCAAUUCCUACGGGAUCAUGUUGUGAUCUGGAAAUGAUUUUGAAUAGGUCUAGGAGAACAUGCCUAGGUAACGAUGAAGUAGACUUUGAUAUAGCCAGCAUUGCUUCAACUGAACUUUGCAAUCAUAUAAUUUCAUUGUAUCCUUUUCACUUCAAAACCCCUGGAGAGGUUUGUAUCUUCGGCGUGUAAUUACUGUAAUCCUGUCAGAACUGCUUUUAAAUUUUAAUUUAUGCACGGUGGCAGUAUUAUUUGCCAUGUCACUUGACUUAUGUCGUUAUCAUGAUUCUUGAAUGAGGGAUGAUUCUUAAAAGGGUGUUCAAGCGACUGUGAUUGUGGGUGUGUUUUCCUGGGUACACUUUUUCUAGAUAUUUGUUUUCUAACUUGGUUCAUGCAGUUAGGCCGUUGGGCAUAUCAUUAACUUUUUAGUUAUUUUAAACUAGUAUAGUAAUUCUCUUAGCCAUGUUUUUAAAAAUUUGCAGAUCGUUACAAGAUAUGUAUCACAAGUUUCAAGGGCAAUAGUUCGUUGAUUAGGAAAAGAUACUGAUAAGUCCCUUGUGUGUGUGUGGUAAAUCGAGGGUAAUUACUUCGGUCUACUAUCAAACCAGAAGGUCCUUUACCAUGAGGCUGAUCUCUAGCAUCUUGGGUGUAGCUCUUAUCUUACUUUUUGUCUUCUCUGCUUCCCAUCAUCUAUCUCCUUUUGCUGUUUUCUCCCGUCCUGAAUAAUCCUUAAAUAGUUAUCUUCACAUCUAUUGACCCAGUCAAUGACCGCAAACAAUUCUAGACCAGAGGCACAUUUCCAGUCUCUCAUUACAACCUAUCCACAACUGUAUUCUUCGCAUGCAACAAUGAAGAAAGCUGAUCCAUGGAGAUUCACAUAGAUUUAGUCCAUAACCACCCCUUGCAAAGAACCGAUCGGAUCUUUCAUGACAUGCCUACUUCCUUCCAGUUUCGCCUCACACAGACAAUGUUUUUUGUCCUGCGCGUUUUAAAUCAGACCCAACUAUCGAAUUGCAUAAAAAAGGAUGUAUCUUGUGGAAACUUAAUGUAUUAAUGCAUACAAAAGAGUUUGGUACUGCCUCUGUCUGACUUCCUUGGCUUUAUGAUUUGAAAGAAUGGUACUGAGUAUUCAGUUUUGCUGGGUACAGACCGGUAAAACUUCAGCUUGAGUUUUGGUCGGCAGCUGAGGCUGUGUUUUAUUUUUCACAUUCUUAAGUAGCGAAGGUGAGAGUGUUCUUGGUGAACGAAGGUGGCAUGUUUACGCCUUUCAUACAACAUUUUCUUGUAAUUUAGUUUUAUUGUCAAUAAAAUAUUUUCUUCCUUCCUGGUGUGGAAAAUCACUUUCAAUUGUCGUUAAAUCCAGUUUACCUUGAGCUAUAACUAAUUAUCCUUUUCAGCUGGUAGAUCGGCUAAAUGUUUGAAUGAUUAUGAAAAAAAUGUCCUUUUUCCUCUCUUGAAACUUUCUCGAUAGUUUCGGGUUUCUACAUUGCCUUGAUGCAAUCUUAAAGCCAUUCAACUCGGAGACAGAAAGUGCGUAGGGUUACUGUUGACUCCAUCACUCUCUUUCUUCACAGUACCCAUUUUCUCUUUUUCAUAUGUCAAUCAGCACAAUUUUUUUUUCUUUUAAUAGAUAUUUCAUCUGAAACGCCACUUGUUAUGUUUUGUUAAUAUGCAUGAAUAACUGUGGUGAUGGGUUACGCUUUCUUUGGAUUUUCCUUGAGAGUACUGGUCUCUGUUCCUAGACCAACAAAGACCUUGAAUACUGAACCAUAUUUGACCAUUAUUUUUCUGUAGGAGCGCAAGCUUAUGAGUCCUUCAGAGGUGAAGGAUUUUGUGAACUCUUUGCGGUCAGCAUUCACAGUCAUGGAGGUUGUUCUCUCGAUGCCCUUUCUGAAAAUGUUUCAAAUCCCUUCACUCAUAAAGAAGUAUUAUGGCUGAAUCCUGUUAAAUGAAGUGACACCAUUAUCUCUGAAAAGGUUAUACAUUGUUCAUCAGUAGGCACCAAUAAUUUCCUACCAGAAAAUAGUUUUAUCGGCUGCAAAGGGCUCGUUUUAAGCAGGUGCUUCCUAUCCCCACAAUCGCUGUCAUUGAAGGUGCUGCAUUGGGUGGAGGAUUAGAGCUGGCGCUCUCAUGUGAUCUUCGAAUAUGUGGUACCACCCUCUUCAACAUGCCCAACUUCCAUAUAUCACUUGUAUUAGUGUAGAUCUCACUGAAUUAUGAACUUAAUUCUAAUCCCUUACUUAGGAGAAGAUGCAGUAUUUGCCUUGCCCGAAACUGGGCUCGCUAUAAUACCCGGGUAUAUACUUCAUCUAAGUUCUCUAUGCUUUGUACAAAAAUGGAACAUGACCAAAAUGCUCAUUUUUAUUUGAAACUCUUGUUCAUCUCUAUUUCUAGGGCGGGUGGGACGCAAAGGCUACCAAGAAUAAUAGGGAAAGCUUCUGCGAAGGAGCUGAUCUUCACUGGUCGGAAGGUUGAUGCAAAGGAAGCUAUGGCUCUCGGUAUCUCCCUUGCUUUUUUUUUUUAAUGAUAUCGUGGGUUUCUGUUUCCUUCCCCUGGCCAUGUAUUUCAUAGAUUCAUCCAUAAAUCUCUUGCACAGGCCUUGUUAAUCACUGUGUUCCUCCUGGAGAUGCUUAUCACAAGGCCCUUGAAAUCGCCCGAGAUAUAAACCAGAAGGUACAGAUUGUCCUCCGGUGGGAUCUCCAUCUUCUCUCAAAUCUCUUCUCCUCGGAUGAAUCAUGGCUGCUUUCAGGGUCCGUUGGCUUUAAGGAUGGCCAAGCAUGCAAUCAACGAGGGGCUGGAGGUUGAGAUGUCUUCUGCUCUGGCGGUGGAGGAGCGUUGCUAUAACAGCCUUUUGAACACGAACGAUCGCCUUGAAGGAUUGGCGGCCUUUGCGGAGAAGAGAAAGCCAAGAUACACCGGCAAGUGA